UACACACUAUGUGUUCUUUAGUGUGUGUAUUAAUCUUUUUCUCUAUUCCACUGUUGCAAGCUUUAUAUAGAAGAUUUGGCUCAACCUUACCUGCUCAAGGUGCGGGGUCAAUGAGAGAAAAGCAAAGAAAGUUCAUUGAAAAAGCUAAAAGGUCUUAAAGCUUAAAAGAAAGCUGAUUUUUCUCAAAGCAAACUACUUUUCUUCUAUCCUCAUCUCCUCUCUAUCUCCCCCCUCAUCUCAAGAACUAUUAAAGCUGAAACAAACAACUACCCCCACUUCAACAUCUGUACCGAAUCAACUGGAUUAAUUUCUCAUAGAUUUCGAGCUUCUUCCACUACAAAAAUCCACCCACAUGUUAGACAACAGCGACCACCACCACCUCCACCAUCUUACUUCUGCACCUGGUCCAUCUUCUUCUUCUGAUCCUUUCCUUUCCCCAGAUAAUGGUGUUUCCAACAAACGGAAAAGACGUCCUGCUGGCACCCCAGAUCCGGAUGCGGAGGUGGUAUCUUUAUCACCGAAGACAUUGUUGGAGUCGGACAGAUACGUGUGUGAGAUCUGUAACCAAGGGUUCCAAAGGGAUCAGAAUCUUCAGAUGCACCGGAGACGGCAUAAAGUGCCAUGGAAACUCUUGAAGAGAGAGACACCGGAGGUGAAGAAGAAGGUCUUCGUGUGCCCGGAGCCCAGCUGCUUACACCAUGAUCCUUGUCACGCCCUCGGUGAUCUUGUUGGAAUAAAAAAGCACUUUCGGAGGAAACACAGCAAUGAUAAACAGUGGGUUUGUGAGAAGUGCUCAAAGGGUUAUGCUGUUCAAUCUGAUUAUAAAGCUCAUCUCAAAACCUGUGGCACUAGAGGCCAUUCUUGUGACUGUGGCCGUGUUUUUUCCAGAGUUGAGAGUUUUAUAGAGCAUCAAGACGCUUGUACUGUCCGCCGAGUGCACCCAGACCUGACGGCGUUUCAUCAACAGGCGUGUUCAUCUAGAACCGCAUCAAGUACGAGUCCAUCAAGCGACACAAAUUUGAGUGCAAUCCCAUCAUUGCAAAGAAUGCAACAAAUCCCACCUUCGGAACCUCUUUUCCCACAAACUCAAGAUCACACACGAAACAAGUUGGAACUUCAGCUCUUGCCAUCAUCGUCGUUAUACGAACAAAGCACCAGUAAUCAAACCAGUUUAAAGCUCUCUAUUGGAAGUGGAAUCAGCUUCCACAAGGAAGAAGAGAAGAUGAAGAUGACAUUAAGUUCGGAAAAUGAGUUUGCAGAAGAGGCUAGGCAACAAGCGAAGAGGCAGAUAGAAACUGCAGAGUUGGAGUUUGCUCAUGCGAAGAGGAUUAGAAAACAAGCUCAAGCGGAGUUGGAAAGGGCUAGAGUUCUUCGAGAACAAGCUACCAAGAAAAUCAGUGCCACCAUUUUAGAAAUCACUUGUCAUUCUUGCAAGCAACGGUUCCAAGCUGCUAGUAAUAAUGCAGCAGCCACUACAGCGGACGAGAUGUCAUCUGCAGUAACCGAAGGAGAAGGAGAUUAGUGGCAUUUACAAUCAAAACCUGUCUCUUUUUUAUUCACUUCUUCCCUCUCUCUAAAUUGUAUUUGUUAUUUGCGAGUUCAUUCAUGUUUGUGCUGUCUGCUUUUGAAAAACAAUAUACA